AUGCUGGAUAUGCUUUCGCGAGAUGCGACAACGAAUUCACCAACAAUAAAUGGCACUUCAUCAACAAAGCCAGUUCGACGUUUUCAUCAACGUGCAUUGAUUUGGGACUUGGAAGAGACACGAGCUUUAUUAGAUUUACUUAAAGACGAAAGAAUAUUUAAAGCUAUUGAAAGUGUUCGAACACGUGAAAUCUAUCAUGAAAUUGCUGAACGUCUGAGACAAGCUGGUUUUAAUCGUGACUGGAAUCAAAUACGCGGUCGCGUCAAAAAUUUAAAGUUUUCAUAUAAAAAAGCUCGUGCUUUACAUGAAGAACAUGGCCAAUCUACAUUAACGUGCCGUUUCUAUGAUGAUCUUCAUUACUUAUUUGGUCAUAAAUAUAAAAGACAACGAAGUAAGAAACGUUCGUUACAACAACAGCAUCAACAAAAAUUACAAACUAAUAUAAAGACAGAGAAUGAAGAAGGAGAAAUCAUUUCAAAUAUAAAUAAUAAUGAACCCGAUGAUAUUACUGAUGAUGAGGAGGAGUCGAUGAAUGAGGAUGAUGAACAACAAAAUUUAUAUGAUGAUGUUUCGCCUGAUUACAUUCAACGACCAGAAGAUCCAUACCCAAUGCUUCAAUCGACUCGAACUAAUUCGACUAUAAAUCAAACCGAAGAUUCACAUGCAAAUCAUCCCAAUAAAAUCAGCGAAGAUCAAGAACAAUUAAGAACAGAUGAAAUGGAUUUUUAUAUUAAAUCUAUGCCACCGUAUAAACAUCAAGCAUAUCUUAUUGAUGACGUUCUUCAAUCGGUUUUUAAUAAAUUUCUUGUUGCACAACAACAAUCUGAGCAACGUUUUAUGUCAUUUAUUAAUGAGCAAAGACGCAAUGAACAAGAACGUGAAGAAAGAAUUCAUAGAGAACAACGACAACAUCAGUUAGAACUUGUGCAACUGAUUAUCAAUCAAGGUCGCUCUCAUACAACAGGCGAAGAAGGUUUAUGCGCUUUGAAAAAUUUAAGGAAAACAUCUGAAACAGAUUCAUGGACUUUACAAAAAUCGUCAUCGUUAGUAAAUGAAAAUUCUUCAACAAAUCUAAUUGAUCUUUCAGAAACCGAUAUUUCACCAUCAACUGAUGAAAAAGAUUCCAAUAAUCAAAGUGAAGUUCGAAAUUUUGCAAGAAAAAUAGCAGUAAUUCCACGAUUGAAUCAAACAAAUGGUAGAUUAGAUGUAUUAUCGUCUACAUCAAAUCCAGGUUUAAUUCGUCUAUUUUGUAUUCGUCAUGGUGAACGAGUUGAUUUUGCAUUUGGUUCGUCUUGGCCAGAAUUAGCCUUUGACAAAGCUGGAAAUUAUCAGCGAUUGAAUUUAAAUAUGCCAUUAUCUUUACCACGUCGUCGUAACCCGUUUCGAGAUUUUAUUGGCGAUUCACCUAUCACUGAGAUUGGUGUGAGUCAAGCUCGAUUAACUGGUGAAGCAUUAGCUGCUAAUGAGUCUCUUGCACAAUAUUGUUAUUCAUCACCAGCAUUUCGAUGUAUUCAAACGGCACAUUAUAUUCUUCAAGGUAUGGGAAUCGAAGAUCGAGUGAAAAUUCGUGUGGAACCUGGUUUGUUUGAAUUUUUGGGUUGGUAUGAACGUGGUUUACCAACAUUUUUUAAUUCAUCUGAUAUGAAUAUUAAUGAAGAAGAAGAAACACAUUUAUACAAUAUUGAUAAAAACUAUCGACCGAUUAUUUCAUUAGAAAAACUAUCUCGAGAUGAAAAAUAUAUUGAUUAUUACAAUCGAUCAUUCAAAGUUACACAACAAAUAACUGAUAAACAUAAAUUGACUGGAGCAAAUAUAUUUUUCAUUGGUCAUGCAGCAACACUUGAAGUUUGCACACGUCAAUUAUGUUUACUUCCACCUCGAUCUUAUUCAGAUUUUAAUGGUGUUAUUAGAAAAGUUUCUUAUUUAGGGUUACAACUGUGUGAAAGAAAUCCAUCAGAUGGGCAAUGGACAUUGAAAACACCGCCUAUACCACCAUUACAACAUGCAAAUAAUGUUUCAUUCGAUUGGCAAACAAUGAAAUAA